CUGCGACUAUCGGAGAGAGAGAGAGAGGAGGAGAAAGAGAUGAGGAAGGAGAUAGUUUUGCCGGCGAUGAAGGGAGGGGAAGAAAAGGAGGUUUCUCUGUGCAAGAAGGCGCAGUCGGCGAGGUUGCGACGUAUGCAUCUGCGGCAGAUGAAAGCCGCUGGAGAUGUGGCGGAUGCGCCGGUAAAGAGGAUGCGAGAAGAGGAGGAUAGAUCGAUGUCUAGUUCUUCUUCGGAGUCCACCUCGCCGUCGUCAGCAGAAUCAGGGCUGUCUGAUCAUGGGUGCGUGUCGCUGAUCGGACGGCGGAGGGAGAUGGAGGAUGAGGUGUCUAUCGAGCCUGCGUUCGUGGGCCGAGAGUAUGAUUUUUUCGCGGUGUAUGAUGGGCACGGGGGCGCGGCGGUAGCUAGGGCUUGUCGGGAGAGGAUGCACGUCGUGUUGGCGGAGGAGGUGGUGGAGAUUGAGGAGGGGAGGGAGGAGGAGAGUAAGUGGAGGGAGGCGAUGUUGGCUAGCUUUGCGAAGGUGGAUGGGGAGGUUUCAGCUGUGGCUGCGGAUGGAGAGGAGGCGGCUGAGAGAACUAUGGGGUCGACGGCGGUGGUGGCGGUGGUGGGGACGAGAAGGAUAUUUGUGGCCAACUGUGGGGAUUCGAGAGCGGUUCUCUGUCGUGGAGGAGUCGCUGUUCCGCUCUCCACUGACCACAAGCCUAACAGACCUGAUGAACUGGAAAGAGUAGAAGCAGCAGGAGGAAGGGUCAUCAAUUGGGAUGGUUAUCGCAUCCUAGGAGUGCUAUCCACUUCCCGAUCUAUAGGGGACUAUUACCUGAAGCCCUAUGUGACAGCUGAACCGGAGAUAACAAUGACAGAGCGGAACGAGAAGGACGAGUUCCUCAUACUCGCAAGCGAUGGCUUAUGGGACGUUAUCUCCAGCGAAGUAGCCUGCAGAAUUACAAGACAGUGCUUGUCUGGACAGGCCGCGAAGCUUUUUCCUCAUAUGGUGAGCGGGCAAUCAGCUGCUGAAGCAGCUCAUCUACUGGCCGAGCUUGCUAUGUCGCAAGGCAGCAGAGAUAAUAUAAGCAUCAUCGUUGUGCAGUUGUUGAAGUAAGCCCAGUAACGUUUAUUACGUUCUGUUCUGAAGUUUUUUAAUAAGAAGAAGAGAAAAUUGUUAAAAUAGUUCCUGGGUUUUUUCUGUGUGGGUUGUUUCAGUUUCAAUUACUUAAUUUGUUUAGUUUAGUUACCAGAUUUCUUAAAUAUGGGGGACUAAAUUGAAUAAAUUAGAGUGUGGAACUAAAUGACUCUUUAGGAAUAAUUUAGGGAUUAUUUUGAUCUUUUUCUCAGGAAAUGGAGGAGGAAGAGUUAGUGUAAGGUUGUUGUAGGAGAGAGGGAGGGUUGAAUGUGUUUUUGAGGCUAAGGCUUCUUUGAUGGUUUAACCUGGCUGGUUGGGUUGGUGGGUGUAUAGAGGCUUUUGUUUUGGAGAAAUUAUUUUGUGCGGAGUUCAUACGUAAUUCGUGUCAGGACUCUAAUGAAAUGAAGUCAUGUGGCUUGCACACACCUUGCGUACGAGUUAUAAAUAGGGCGUGUACGAGCAAUAUGAUUUCGUUUUAUUGGAGUUCGGAUGAAAAGUUAUGUCUUUGUACAGAAUAAUUUCUCGUUGUUUUUAGAGUUAUAUCAAAUUUUUAAUUAAUGUAAUUUCUAAAAUUCCCAAAUUGUUGAGGUUUUUUUGUGUCAAAGAUGAUAUCUUGCCUUUGCCAACUGGUUGAACAAGAAUUUAAGAAGCAACACUGCAAGGUUACCUGAGA